AUGAGCUCGGAAAGAGAUCCUCUUUUACAAGACAGAGGGGCUGAAAGCAAUGAACCUCAAGAUGACCAACCGAACAUUGAAGCUAGGGAGAGUGGCAAUAGUGGAAGAUUUACUUUUUUGGAAAAAGUCCUCUUUACGUUAACUGCACUCUUUUUCAUUGUUUUAUGUAUCCUUGCCGGCCUUUAUGCACGUCGAGUCUAUGAUGAAAAACCUCACAAUCCACCCACAGAUCACCCUUCACCCCCAGAAAACAAUAAUACCAGUCCUGUUUGCUUAACACCUGAAUGUGUCUUGACAGCCGCCCAAAUCCUAAAGGACAUUGACACCACGGUCGAUCCCUGUGAUGAUUUUUAUAAAUAUACAUGCAAUAACUGGGAAAAGAAUCAUAGAAUACCAGAUGGCAAGUCAGGAAUUAAUUCCUUCUUGACUCUCAGAGACCAAAACAAGGAGACCCUUCGCGACAUUCUUUCUGGCUCCUUUGACGACUUUUAUGAUCGCACACAUUCAUCUUUUAGCAAAUUGCCCGAUCCCGAAAAAUUGGUGGAUAAGCAGGUCUUUAACAAGGCAAAGAGUCUGUAUGAUUCAUGCAUGAAUGAAACUUUGAUCGAUCAACGUGGUGCCGAGCCUAUUUAUCCUCUCUUGAAAGAGAUCCGUAACCUUUUCCCUUCUUCCUUGGCUGAUUCUUCUCGUGAGUUGACCAAGGCUUUAUCCUACUUGGCAAAGAGAGGUGUUUAUGCCUUAUUUGAAAUUGAUGUUGACGCGGACUAUAAAGAUCCUAAUGUUAAUACCUUAUUGUUGGCUCAAGAAGGCUUGACAUUGCCUACCAAGGAUUACUAUAAGCAAGAUGAAACGAUUCAGCUUCUAUAUGAAACGAUUGCUGAAACACUGGAAGCCGUCUUUGCCAAAAGUGGACCCGAAUUUAGUUGGAACAAGUUUAGCGCAAAUAGCACAGCACGUAUGAUCAUUGAUUUUGAGAAGAAAUUGGCCAAGAUCAGCGACGAUCCUGAAUAUUUCCAGAACCCUACGGGCAUUUAUAAUCCCAUGACUCUUUCCGAGAUCACUAAACAUUCUCCCGCAAUCGACUGGGGAUUGUUUGUUGAUCAUCUCCUACCAUCCACAGCACCUCAUCCAAGUCACAUCGUCGUUACUUCACCACACUAUAUUGGCAACCUAACUGAGUUAAUACAAAGCGAACCCAGCCGUAACAUUCAAGCAUUCCUUAUGUGGAGAGCGAUUCAUACCUAUGCAAAUGCUCUCAGCGAGCCCAUACGUGAACCCAUUCGCCAAAUGAAUGCUAAACUAGUCGGCGCAGAUCCCAAGUCUAUAAAGCCUCGAUGGGACGUAUGUUUGGAUGAAGUAGAUAAUUCCAUUGGAUUCUUAGUGGGUCGCUACUAUGUAUUGGAAAAGUUUGGUGGAGAUGCCAAGAAAUAUACAGAUGAAUUUGUAAAGUCUAUCAAGGAUAUCUUUGUAAAGAGGCUUCCAGAGCUAUCUUGGAUUGAUGACAAGACACGCGAAAGGGCUAUUGAAAAAGUAGAUAAACUUAUCCAAAAGAUUGGUUAUCCUGAUUCAUCACCCAAUGUCAUGUCUCCACUUUCACUCUUGGAGUAUUAUAGCGACUUGGAAUUAAAAGAAGACGAUUAUUUUGGAAAUUACUUACACUCGCGUCAAUGGGCCAUUAACGAAGAAUGGAGUCAAGUAGGCAAAGCACCCGAAAAGAAGAAAUGGCUUAUGAAUCCCCAGGAGGUCAAUGCUUACUACAACCCUUCUUUCAAUGAGAUUGUAUUUCCUGCUGGUAUUUUACAAAACCCUUUCUUUGGUAGCAAUUACCCUGAUUAUCUAAACUAUGGUGGAAUCGGUGCUGUCGUUGGUCAUGAGCUUACACAUGGCUUUGACAAUAACGGUAGACAGUUUGACGCGGAUGGUAAGCUUGUGGAGUGGUGGACGAACGAGACGUCUACUCAGUUUGAUGAGAAGGCCGAAUGCUUUAUUAAGCAAUAUAGUAAAUUUACUGUUAUUGAUGAAAAGGGUGAUGCGCUCCAUGUCAAAGGAAAGCUUACUUUAGGUGAAAACCUUGCUGACAAUGGUGGGUUAAGAGAAGCAUACCUAGCAUGGAAGCAACAAUAUGACAGCGAUAAGGAGAACAAAAAGUACAACAAUGUUCGCUUGCCUGGAUUAGACGAUCUAUCUCCUGAACAACUCUUUUUUAUUAAUUAUGGUCGUAUCUGGUGUAAUAAGGCUACACCUGCCCAAGCUAAAAAAGGUGUCCUUACUGAUGAACACUCCCCUCCUAAAUGGCGUGUCAAUGGCGCUAUACAAAAUUCUGUGGAUUUUGCAAACGUAUUCAAGUGUCCAGCCGGAAGUCCUAUGAAUCCUGUUCAUAAAUGUGAACUUUGGUAA